GCGGCGGGCGGAAGUGGCGGCCUUGCGGCCUGGCUGAGGUGGGCGACGCGCUGGCUCUCUGGGCUCCCGGGGCCGUUCCGGCAGAGGAAGGUGCGAUCCCUACUCAGAGCCGCGGGGUGCGGGUGUCCAUGGCCUUCCGGGCAUUUCAUUGAGCCGGGACCGCCCGAGGAACUUCCCAACGCGGCGACCGCGCUCCGGUGGUAGAAUAAAUGACGGAAGGGCAAGGCAGCGCUGCAAAGAAAGCAUCUCAACUGUAUGCUGCGCCCAGUGAUUCGCAGAUGCUCCGGCCCCGGUUCACUUGAAGGCUAUGAAGUGCGUGGGAUAGGACGCUCGACAGCCUCCUGAGUUGACGUCCUUUUUAAAUAAAUGAUUUUGAGCAGCCACGUUGACCUUUAAUUCAGGUGAAAAGAGUGUACAUCAGUGGAAGCCCAAAGCCAGCUGGAAUAGUUCCUGAGUGUGUUUUUAAUCUUGUCUGCAAUUUUUUGAAGUGGGGACACCAUCUGGAUCAGGGACACGGAUCAGGAAGCAUAAAGAUAUUACUCUCCAUUUGAAUUCUUACUAAGAAUUAACUGUUCAGAAAUGGUCUCCCUAUAGCUCCGGAUGACCUGGAACUCCCUAUGUAGACCAGGCUGGCCUCAAUCUCACCUACCUCUGCCUCCUGAGUGCUGAGAUUAAAGGUCCUGCCUCUUAAAGGUUCUGUCACCUUAGCACUGCCAGAUUGGGGACCAAGCUUCCGGCACAAGAAUCUGCUCAAAUCACAACCAUCCUGUAGCAGUCAGUCACCUGGUGCAUUGCAAACACUCAGUUCAUGCUAUAGAAAUGAAAAGGCAGUGUCUCUGAAGGAAGGCUGAGCCAAUAAAGAGUAUGAAAACAUCUGCAGGAGUGCUGCAAGGAAGAGAAAAGAAGACAAACAAGAACCACUUCUCAGGGGUCACUGGGUGCAGUUGGAAAAUUAAGAUGCUCUGGUUUCAAGGAAAUAGCCUGCAGAUUGCCAAAUCCUCUUUUGGACUCUUCGUGAGAAAUCUCUCUGCCUCGAAUGCAGCUCUGCCAGUGCUGACCUUAUUCACAAAGAUUCCAUGCCCGCUUUGUGAUGAAGCCAAAGAAGUACUUAAGCCUUACAGAAACAGGUUUAUUUUACAGGAGGUGGACAUCACACUUCCAGAAAACUCUGCUUGGUAUGAAAGGUAUAAAUUUGACAUUCCCGUCUUUCAUUUGAAUGGCCAGUUUCUAAUGAUGCAUCGAGUAAAUACCUCAAAACUCGAAAAACAGCUCAUGAAACAUGAGCGACAAGGUGCUGGAGACUGACUAACGCCCCCCUGAUCUUCUGUUCUCUCCAUCAUAAGCCAUCUUCCUGAGGAUAUGGCCAUUGUCUUGUAUUUCUUUUGUCACUUUCACAGAGAUCUAGCAUGGUACCACAAACAUAUGUUGUUCUUAAUCUUCUGAGGAAUGUGUGAACCCACCUAGAACUGUUUGCCUAUGGGCAUUUUAUAAACUGAGAGGAGUGCUUGGUGCAGGGGAAUGAUGACAAGAUGGAGAAGUCUAUUUGCUGUGUUUCUUUUUCCCUUCUGCUAAUGCACUGGACAGUGGCACUUAGAGAGAAGAAGGCUGUGCUGUCCUACUGCUGCCCUGGAGGGCGUCACUUCUUAAUGAAAGAGUCAUUGCUCUUCCACCCAGUAGAUAAAGUGAAAUGUGAAUUGCUAAUAACUGUGCAUAGUCAAUAAAGGAAUGUUUUAACAAAUAUA